CCCCCGCCUCGCCCCUGCCUGCCGCUGCUCCCCUCCCCGCAGCGGCGGGGGCAAUGCCUCCUGCAUACGUGAUGAAGUGAGCGGCCGGGCUGGGCUCCGCCGGCAGCAGCGAGCCGUGAGCCCGGGCGCCUCCGCACUGCAGCCCCCUCCCACCGGCGGCGGCGGGGGGCGGCGCGGGGACGCGGCUGGCUGCGGAGCGCGGCGCUCGCAGCUCCCGGGCAGCAGCGUGCGGCCGCGGGCAGCCGGCGCCAUGCUGAACAACCUGGCCGACUGCGAGGACGGCGACGGCGGCGCCAGCCAAGGCGAUGGCAAUCCCAAGGAGAGCAGCCCCUUCAUCAACAGCACAGACCUGGAGAAGGGCAAAGAGUACGAUGGCAAGAACAUGGCCCUCUUCGAGGAGGAGAUGGACACUAGCCCCAUGGUCUCGUCCCUGCUGAGCGGGCUGGCCAACUACACCAACCUGCCGCAGGGCAGCCGGGAGCACGAGGAGGCUGAGAACAAUGAUGGGGGCAAGAAGAAGCCAGUGCAGGCCCCACGGAUGGGCACCUUCAUGGGCGUCUACCUGCCCUGCCUCCAGAACAUCUUUGGAGUCAUUCUCUUCCUGCGCCUCACGUGGGUGGUGGGGAUCGCCGGCAUCAUGGAGUCCUUCUGCAUGGUCUUCCUCUGCUGCUCUUGUACAAUGCUGACUGCCAUUUCCAUGAGUGCGAUUGCCACCAACGGUGUGGUGCCAGCGGGUGGCUCCUACUACAUGAUCUCGCGCUCCCUGGGACCUGAGUUUGGUGGGGCUGUGGGGCUCUGCUUCUACCUGGGCACCACCUUUGCCGGCGCCAUGUACAUCCUGGGGACCAUCGAAAUCCUGCUGGCCUACAUCUUCCCAGCCAUGGCCAUCUUCAAGGCAGAGGAUGCCAGUGGGGAGGCGGCUGCGAUGCUCAACAACAUGCGCGUGUACGGCACCUGCGUGCUGACCUGCAUGGCCACUGUGGUGUUCGUGGGGGUCAAGUACGUCAACAAGUUUGCCCUGGUCUUCCUGGGCUGUGUCAUCCUCUCCAUCCUCGCCAUCUACGCUGGUGUCAUCAAGUCGGCCUUCGACCCGCCAAGCUUCCCGAUCUGCCUCCUGGGCAACAGGACCCUCUCGCGCCAUGGCUUCGACCUCUGCACCAAGAUGGUGGUGGAGGGGAACGAGACGGUGGGCUCCAAGCUCUGGGAGCUUUUCUGCACCUCCCGCUUCCUCAACGCCACCUGUGAUGAGUACUUCACCAUGAACAACGUGACCGAGAUCGAGGGCAUCCCCGGUGCCGCCAGCGGCCUCAUCCAGGAGAACCUCUGGAGCUCGUACCUGACCAAGGGCGUGAUCGUGGAGAAGCGGGGGCUGCCGUCCGUGAGCCCCCCCGACACCCCGGUGGACAUGGACCAGCCCUACGUCUUCAGCGACAUGACCUCCUACUUCACCCUGCUCGUCGGCAUCUACUUCCCCUCGGUCACAGGCAUCAUGGCUGGCUCCAACCGCUCUGGAGACCUGCGGGACGCCCAGAAGUCCAUCCCCACGGGCACCAUCCUGGCCAUCGCCACCACCUCUGCGGUCUAUAUCAGCUCCGUCGUCCUCUUCGGGGCGUGCAUUGAGGGGGUCGUCCUGCGUGACAAGUUUGGUGAAGCCGUCAACGGGAACCUGGUGGUUGGCACCCUGGCAUGGCCAUCCCCAUGGGUCAUUGUCAUCGGCUCCUUCUUCUCCACGUGUGGGGCCGGUCUGCAGAGCCUCACCGGAGCCCCCCGCCUCCUGCAAGCCAUCUCCAGGGACGGGAUCGUGCCCUUCCUCAGGGUCUUUGGCCACGGCAAAGCCAACGGUGAGCCAACGUGGGCCCUGCUGCUCACAGCCUGCAUCUGCGAGAUCGGCAUCCUGAUCGCCUCCCUGGACGAGGUGGCUCCCAUCCUCUCCAUGUUUUUCCUCAUGUGCUACAUGUUCGUCAACCUGGCAUGUGCGGUGCAGACCCUGCUGCGGACACCCAACUGGCGGCCCCGCUUCCGCUACUACCACUGGACCCUGUCCUUCCUGGGCAUGAGCCUCUGCUUAGCGCUGAUGUUCAUCUGCUCCUGGUACUACGCGUUGGUCGCCAUGCUGAUCGCUGGCCUCAUCUACAAAUACAUCGAGUACCGCGGGGCGGAGAAAGAGUGGGGCGACGGGAUCCGGGGGCUGUCCCUGAGCGCAGCCCGCUACGCCCUGCUGCGGCUGGAGGAGGGGCCCCCACACACCAAGAACUGGAGGCCGCAGCUGCUGGUCCUGGUCCGCGGGGAUCAGGAGCAGAACGUGGUGCACCCGCAGCUCCUGUCCUUCACGUCGCAGCUCAAGGCUGGCAAGGGGCUCACCAUCGUGGCCUCCGUGCUGGAAGGGACCUUCCUGGACAACCACCCGCAGGCGCAGAGGGCAGAGGAGUCCAUCCGCCGCCUGAUGGAAGCGGAGAAGGUGAAGGGCUUUUGCCAGGUGGUGAUCUCCUCCAACCUGCGGGACGGCAUGUCCCACCUCAUCCAGUCCAGCGGGCUGGGGGGGCUGCAGCACAACACGGUGCUGGUGGGCUGGCCCCGCAGCUGGCGCCAGAAGGAGGACCACCAGACCUGGAGGAACUUCAUCGAGCUGGUGCGAGAGACCACGGCUGGGCACCUGGCCUUGCUGGUGGCCAAGAAUGUCGCCAUGUUCCCGGGCAACCAGGAGCGGUUCUCGGAGGGCCACAUCGACGUCUGGUGGAUCGUCCACGAUGGGGGGAUGCUCAUGCUGCUGCCCUUCCUCCUGCGGCACCACAAGGUCUGGCGCAAGUGCAAGAUGCGUAUCUUCACGGUGGCGCAGAUGGACGACAACAGCAUCCAGAUGAAGAAGGACCUGACCACAUUCCUGUACCACCUGCGCAUCACCGCGGAGGUGGAGGUGGUGGAGAUGCACGAGAGCGACAUCUCCGCCUACACCUACGAGAAGACGCUGGUGAUGGAGCAGCGCUCCCAGAUCCUCAAGCAAAUGCACCUCACCAAGAAUGAGCGGGAGCGGGAGAUCCAGAGCAUCACGGACGAGUCCCGCGGCUCCAUCCGGCGCAAGAACCCAGCCAACACGCGCCUGCGCCUGAGUGUCCCUGAGGAGCAAGUGGGGGAUGGCGAGGAGAAGCCAGAGGAGGAGGUCCAGCUCAUCCAUGACAAAAACGCCACCACCUUCUCCAGCAGCUCCCAGUCCCCUGGCGACGAGGUGGAGACAGCCCCUGAGAAGGUGCAUCUCACCUGGACCAAGGAGAAAUCUGUCGCAGAGAAGAACAAGAGCAAGAGCCCUGUCAGCCCUGAGGGCAUCAAGGACUUCUUCAACAUGAAGCCGGAGUGGGAGAACCUGAACCAGUCCAACGUGCGGAGGAUGCACACGGCCGUGAAGCUCAAUGAGGUGAUCGUGAAGAAGUCCCAGGACGCCAAGCUGGUCCUGCUGAACAUGCCGGGGCCUCCCCGCAACCGGAAAGGGGAUGAGAACUACAUGGAGUUCCUGGAGGUGCUGACGGAGCACCUGGACCGAGUGCUCCUGGUGCGUGGUGGGGGCCGGGAGGUCAUCACCAUCUACUCCUGAAACACGGCGCGCCAGAGAGGUUUGUCUGCACGCUGAGAGCCCCGCCACCCCUUUGCACCGUGCUCCUGGAGGGGAGGAGGGAAGGCCUGAUGGCAGCCGGUGCGCAGAAACUUCACCUGGCUUUGGCCGUGCCCCUGAUCUCUCCAUUCGAACUGCAGCACCAGAUCUUCCGGGAGCAUCCAGCACCAGAGCAGCUGUUCCUCAUUGCAACAUCACAGCACUGCUGUCCUUGUUUAUAUAUAAAUAUAUACAGUGUACCGCGGACUGAGCACCAGAGCCCAGCGCUGCCGCCACCGCCCGUCCCUGGCAGGGCCAGCCCCAGCACUGCUGCUUGCAGCCCCCGGCCGGGCAGGAGGGUGGCUGUGCCGAGACGGACACCCGGCCCCGCCGUGCCACUACCCCUGCGCGGAGCUUGGCUGGACGCGCCUGCGCCCUGUGCCCUAUGACCGCCCGCCACCCGUGCCCUGCUUCCCUGCGGAGGCGCUGGGAGAAGAGAGAGGCCACCAGCACGCUUCCCUCGCCGGACGCUCCUCUCCCCACCUCCAGCAGCAUCGGGGGCUGCCUCCCCCGGCGCUGCCCCCCCCCGGCCGCCCCUCGCCAGGAUGGGCCUGGACAGCCCCACCUCGCCGCUGCCUGGGCGCAGCCCGUCUCUGGAGGCCGUGGGCCAAGCUUGCGGAGAUGCAGCGUGAUGGUUUGGAGGGGGCAGAGGGUGGGGGGCAGCCGCGGGGGGUCGGGUCCUGGAGCGCAGCAAUCCCGUGACAGUAACGAGCCUUGGCCUGGGGUGGGUGGGGGGGUGCUCCCUGUCCCCCUCCCCACUGACUCCAGGCUCUCUCUGCCCUGGUGCCUCUCCCAGUGCUUGCGCUGUGGUCGAGGCGUGGAGCUGCGGUGGCCGGAGCCGAGCAGAGGCCCCGCCGCGGUACAGCGUGAGCCGGAGCCGCUCUCCGGCCGCUGGAGCUGCGUGGGUGCCGCUGACCCCCCGAGGUCCCAGCGCCUGCUCUUGUCCCGGGUGCAGAGGAAUCCUGUCCCAGCCCGGCACUGCCCCCGCUCCCCCGCCACACCGCACCGGGGGGCACCGGGGGCUCUCAGGCCCCCGGCACCGGCCAGCCCGGCUGGUUCCAGCACCUGCACGUGCGUCCGGGUCCCCCCCCCCACGCUGCGCUGCGCUCCCUGCUGCUCCCCAGGGCUUCGCUGCUAGCCUGGCCCCAGCCCCAGCCCCAGGCAGUCACAGUUGCUGCCGUGGGGCUGUAGGAAAGUCCGGAUCCGUGCGUAGUUUUAACAUAUGCAAAGUCCGUUUGCCUGGUCUGACGGGGCCAGACCCCGCAGCGAGGGGUGGCUGUAGGGGUCCCGCCGUCCCCCGGCAUCACGGCACUCUCUCACCCGGCUGGCCAGGGCGGCCCAGGCACCGGCCACGCGGCCGCUGCAGCCCGAAGCCUGUCCCCUCCCGCCGGCCCACGCUGCAGCAGGCAGCAGGGCGCACCAGGACAAUUCAAACACGUCUUACCUUUGGCAGCAGCUGCAGGGUCGCCCCCCCCCCCCCCCCCCAGCAUCUCUCAUGACAGAGAAACUGAGGCGCUUUUAACAAAUGUGAACGGUUCCAGGAACCACGCAGGAAGCGGUGCCGAGGGCAGCCAGGGCGCCCGCCGGCGCCCGCCCCGGCCCCAUGUACAUAGUGUACAUAAUACAGUACGUGUAUUUUUAAAGUGAUCAUAUUUAUGUUAAUAGAACCAGAUGAAGUCUAUAUAUAGAGAUCUAUAUCUAUUCUGAGAGAUGCAGGGCUCUGCUAGCACCAGGCCGUGGGGAUGGAGAGCCGAGACGGGCUGCUCCUGCACAAAACGGGCGCCCAUCCGUCGCACCAAGCGCUCUGGAGCGGUGGUGGAGGCUGCAGCCUUCCCCGGCCACCGGCAGCCCCUGGGAAAGGGCCAGGUCGCAGGUUCAUUCUCUUCUCAAUUUAGCUUCUUAAGAGUUUUCAGGGAAAAGAAGUCACAGACUUUUCUGAACUUGUUUCACAGCAGAUUUGAGCUUCCACUCGAAGUGCAGCCUGCUAAGAGUUGCCCUCUCCCGGCAGUGCUGGCUGCUUUGCUCCAGCCUGGCCCGAAGCGGCAGCGCUUUGUCCCCUGGCCAGAGCUGAGCCCCCGCGCUGAAGCACUCGCCUCCUCGGCCCCCCCAAACCGCUCCCCAAUGCCGCCCGGCACCGCAGCAGGUGCCGCACGACCCGCAGCCUCCCGGCCGGCGCAGAGGGAGCGGGUGCUGCCGCAGCAUCCCCGCGGGUGGCCCGGCAGCAGCUGCCUCCUGCCCGGCACAGGCAGCCCUGGCUGGUCCCAGCGUCCAGCCCCCUGCCCGCCCGUCCCUCCUGCCCGCUGAGAGUGGCUGCAGCCCUCGGCUCCUGCCUGCCUGAGAGCAGGAAAAUCUCUGCACCGGACGACUCCAGUCCCCGCUCCUUCUGCAGAACUCCUCUACUCCAGGUCCAGGCUGAAGCUAUUUGGGGCUGCUUGGAUAAAAAGCAGUAGGUGGUUUGAUAUCUUUUUUUUUUUUUUUUUUUGCUUUAAGAUACUACUUGGACACGCUCCCAGACCAAAACCAAGCCCCAGCUGCACAUCUGUGCCUGCUCAUACCUUGCUCCUACAUUUCCAUCACUCCCAAAGUGCCUCCCUUUUCUCCAGCAGCGGCCCCAGCCACAGCCAGACUUUCUGCCAUGGUAGCUCAGCUACCUGCACGGCUGCAUCGGUCUGUGUUGCAGACUCUGGCGUGGAAGCUAGUCCCAAGGGCAUGGGGAGCUCAGUGUUUACAGGAGGUGACUGUCAGGGUGAGCUGAGACCUGGUUUCAGCACAGGAGAGUGAUGAAUGCAUUCAUCAGCACAGGGCUGAUGAAUGGUGCAGCCGCACAGGGCAGCGCUCUCUGGUCCUGCCGCUGCCUCAGCCGCUCAGGGAGCUGUUGGAAGAGCAGGCAGGUGUCUGCAAGUGAAAAGUUCCUUUAGCUUUGGGAAGGGCAGCCCCACGGGAACCAGGAUUUGCCAGUGUCUAGCUGCUCUGCCCCUUGGAGCUGGUCCUACACCACCACACACAAGCUCACGUGCUGUUUCCAGCCUCCCAAAAAUUAUUUGAGGCACUUCUGCAGCAAUGGGGGAGGCACGCAUAGCAACCUGCCCCCUCAUCUCAUGUGCUAGCACUGUGCUUGUUGGGCCUAGAAAGCUUGCCAGCUGCUCUGCCUCUUCAAAAGAUGCCACCCCGCUCCCUGCGGUCACCCUCUAAUUAGGGCUUGGCUAUUGCCUGGCUGCGCCGCUGGGCCUGCAGCUGUGGGCCCUGUCCUGCAGCAGCGAGUGCGGUCCCCUCCCGCCCCGGCACAUGGAUGGGCUCAGCACCGAGGGCCUGACUGCAGAAGCAGGUUACGCGCAGCAGCAGCCGCCGCCAGCGCCUGCCUCUGCUGAAGCCAGACAGCAUCCACCCACGGCAGUGUCAGGGGAAAGCGCUCUUCCUUUGGCUGCAGGUACAGGGUAGCAGGGAAUGACGGUCUGCAGAGCAGCGGUGAGAGCAGGCCAGGGCAUGCUUCUCCCCUGAGAGGUUUGCUUCAUUGUCUCCCCAGCAUCACCAAUAGAUCCCAUUCCCCCUCAGCACCACUUCAACCCGACAGUAAAGCUUUGGUCCCAGCUCCCCCAGGGAGCAGGAGGGCGAGCUCGUUCCAUCACUACUGCUCAGAAAAGGUGUUCUCCUUCAUCCUCCAGCAAGAGCAGGGGCACAGCUCUAGACAGAGCCAGGGACUGCUUCAACACCCCCGCCAGGCAAAAUUUGGCUGUGGCAAGAAAGGUGCUGGUUUCCACAGCGAGUUCUCACUCGCCGUUGGCUGGAGAGGGCCAGUUUUAGCAGACAGCACUGCAUGUUAGUUUACAAACCCAGCCCUGCACGUUUGGCCUCUGUGAGUGUUCAGUUUCCCCAUGGAGCACCCUUCUGCCGUUCCACCUUGGUGAAGACAGUGUCCUCCUCUGGUAGACAUGCAAGUUCCUCCUUGGCACAUGCGCAGACACGUUUCGGUUUUUGUUCCAGACAGGAAGGUCUUGACCCCCCAAGUUUGUUUCACAGGCAGGCUGCUGCCGGGAGCAGCGCUGAGCAGACACGACCCGCCAGGACGGCGGGCUGGAAGCGUGGCCCGCAGCAGGUGGGGAGCACACAUGCCCACAGCCGCGCUCGGCCAGCACGCAGCACCGGGGCGGCGAUGGCGUACGCUCCAGUUCCUGCUGCGGGAGCCCUGAGCAGGGAGCUGCCCUGUCCCCGUCAGCCGGGCAGGCGCAGGGCCCUGCACGCAGCAGCAGCGGCAGCAGCAGCUCACAUCGCUGCAGCCACCACGCGGUACAGGCAACAAGCCACAAGACAGCACUUAGAGGAGGCGCAGGCAGCAUCCAGCCUGGGUCGGUGUUGGUCCGUGGCUGGACGAGAGGAAGGACUAGAUACUGCACAAGGGUAAGAGUUGCACUAGAAGAGUCAAGACCCUCCUCUGUGUAGCAGGACUAAAAACUAGCAGAAAGACCAAAAGGUCUGAGAUUUGCUGGUUACAACACUUUCUGUGCUACAUGUGCAAUAUAUUUGUUAUGAAUGUUAUCACAAAGUCAGUUCAUUCAAUAAUCUUUUAAUCACUGUAGCUAGAUGUUCUGCGUCCAUUCAAGUGACUUUUAUUCGAGUGCAAUAUUUCAAUAGACACGUAGUGACCUAGUAUGCUUUGUGUUUUAGAGAAUCUGUGUGCAGAGCAAUGCAAUUAAGUUUAAAACCUUGUAAAUAAAACAGGUUGCAAACCAAAAAAAAAAAGAGUAUUAGGCUUGCGUUUAAUUUCUGUGUUUCAGUAUUGUGCAUUAGGCCGCCUCAGUACAGACCCUGUGUUCUCUGUGCAGGUAUUAAUGGAGGAGUGGCUCCUCAGCUGUUGAAUGCUCCCUGUUAAUGCUUUACUGCUUUAACUGUAUUCAUUUUUCUAGACUCCUGUCUGCACAAAAUGCAAUAAAUGAUUUUAUUACACCCUUCA